GUUAAGUGUUGCAACACCAAAUCACCCACCUUUGUAACUAACUAAAAUACCCAAAAAAAAAACAAACAUGAGUUGACCGUCGACCAAAAGAACAAGGCUGACCGUCCAGGAUCUAACUAACAUCUGCCCGGCCGGUACCCACCAACCGGGGAGGAGAAAAGUAAAAGAUCCUCAACGGUUCAAGCUUUUCUGAUCUAAAGAUUCAUCCUUUUUUUUUUUUUUUUUUUUUCUGCAGAUGAUUGAACUCAGAGUUUGAGAGCAAGAAUGCAAUCGAGAAUCGUCGGAUUAGCUCCGGCGUUUUCUCUAUUCCCUAACCUAAACACACCUCACAAAACCUUCACUUUUCAUCAAAUCUUGGUUCUCAUCAUUACAUUCAUAGCCUAUGCUUCGUUUCACGCUUCCCGUAAACCUCCCAGCAUCGUCAAGAGCGUUCUCGGACCACCUCCAGUUGGAUCUUCUAAUUCAUCAUCCUCGAUUGAUAAUGGAUGGGCUCCGUUUAACGGAACACAAGGGACUAAGAGACUUGGUGAGCUUGAUUUGGCGUUUCUUUCGUCGUAUGCUUUGGGUAUGUACUUUGCAGGUCAUUUAGGAGAUAGGAUUGAUUUGAGAUACUUGCUUGUGUUUGGAAUGAUGGGUAGUGGGAUUCUCACCCUUGUUUUUGGGUUAGGGUAUUGGAUGAAUGUUCAUACGCUUGGGUUUUACUUGAGUGUUCAGAUUGUUUGUGGUCUGUUUCAGUCUAUUGGGUGGCCUUGUGUUGUCUCUGUUGUUGGUAAUUGGUGUGGGAAAGAGAAACGUGGUUUGAUUAUGGGUGUGUGGAAUUCUCAUACAUCUGUUGGGAACAUUCUUGGCUCGGUUAUUGCGUCCUCGGUUCUCGAUCUCGGAUGGGGGUGGUCUUUUGUUUUGCCUGGUGGGCUGGUUAUUGUGUCUGGGGUGUUUGUGUUUAUGUUUCUUGUUGUGAGUCCUCAUGAUUUGGGGUUUGAAGAACCGCCGGGCAAACAGAUGGAGAUUGAGAUGAGUUUAGGUGAGAAUGUUGAAGCAAGUUUGAGCAAACAGGAAGCUGAGGAGGAUGCAGUGCUUCUUGAAUCUGUAGUAGAUGAUGAUUCCUUGUUUGCUAUCGGGUUUCUCGAGGCUUGGAGAUUGCCUGGUGUGGCACCUUACGCUUUCUGUUUGUUUUUCUCGAAACUCGUCGCCUACACGUUCCUGUAUUGGUUACCAUACUACUUAAGGCACACAGCUGUUGCGGGUGUGAAUCUCUCGCAUAAAACCGCUGGGAUUCUCUCGACAGUCUUUGACAUAGGAGGAGUGCUUGGUGGAAUAUCAGCAGGGUUCAUAUCUGAUCAAAUCAACGCCCGCGCCCUCACAUCAAUCACAUUCUUGGCACUCUCCAUUCCUGCCCUCAUUUUGUACAGAAUCUAUGGGAGUGUGUCCAUGUUCAUCAACAUUGCCUUGAUGUUUAUAUCCGGGUUAUUAGUAAACGGUCCUUAUGCACUCAUAACCACAGCUGUUGCAGCUGAUCUUGGAACACAAGACUCAAUUAAAGGAAAUGGUCGGGCGCUGGCCACGGUAACUGCUAUUAUAGACGGUACUGGUUCGGUUGGGGCGGCUCUGGGACCGCUUCUCGCUGGUUUCAUAUCGAGCAGAGGGUGGAACAGUGUUUUUUUCAUGCUUAUCGUUUCAAUUUUUUUGGCUGGUUUGUUCUUGGUUCGGCUUGCAAAGGCUGAGAUCAAUGAGAUGAGGUCUGGAGAAUUGAUCCCGUCGAGUGAUCCUCAGAGCUGAUGGUUUUGAUUUAUCCCAGCAGAUUGUAUACAGAGGUAGUAUCAGGUACAUAGAGUCAAACCAUACAAUACAAAUUAAGACACCCCACCUGAUUUGUUGUUAUCUACCAUCUUAGUUUAGAUGAAGCAAACUCUACUAUUUUUGAUACUUCCCACUGACAUAGAAGUCGAAAAUUCGGCUGGAGCUGAUAAUUAGUGCGUGUAAACAGCCGUUGGUAUUUUGAGCUAUAAUCUUCAUAUAUAGUAUAUGCUGUUUGCAUUUUCGAAUUAAAGAAAAUAUAAAGAGAAUAAAUUUGGCA